UACUCAAAUCGUAGAACUAUCCGUACUUUUGCUUGUGUUAGUUAUAUUUCUUCUGUUGUUAUGUGUAUAAAGUUUGCGUGUAAAAAUGCGUUUCAUAUUGAAAAUUCACAGAUGUGUAACCCAAUCGUUAAAUCAAUACAAAAACAAAAGUGUCACAAAGAGUUUUUCUUACAGCAGUCAUGAGGCACAAAUCAUCGAUGGUAAGGCAAUAGCCGAUAAGAUUAAAACCGAGCUCAAAAAAGACAUCGCCGAUUAUAUCGCGCAAGGGAAUCGUGCACCUACGCUCUCCGCCAUUUUAGUUGGCAGCGAUCCAGCCAGUCAGAUAUAUGUGAAAAAUAAGAUGCUGGCCGCCAAAAACGUUGGCAUCAAUAGCAACACAAUCGAAUUGCCCGAAAUCACAACACAGGAAGAACUCUUAAAUUGCAUCAAAAAGUUGAAUAAUGAUACGGGUGUUGAUGGCAUACUAGUACAAUUACCCGUGCCUAAUCACAUAGACGAACGUACCAUUUGUAAUGCAGUGGCUCCAUCAAAAGACGUUGAUGGCUUCAAUGAGAUCAAUGUCGGUCGCUUGGCACUCGACAUGAAGAGUAUCGUACCGGCAACACCAUUAGGUGUGUACGAGUUGUUGCGACGCUCUGAAAUAACCACUUUUGGUAAGAAUGUAGUGGUGAUUGGACGUUCCAAGAAUGUUGGCAUGCCAACGGCAAUGCUCUUACACACAGAUGGGCGUCAUGAAACGGAGGGCAUGGACGCUACUGUAACCAUUUGUCAUCGCAAUACGCCACCCGAGCAACUCAAGAAACAUUGUCAGGGGGCAGAUAUAAUAGUCACAGCCGUCGGCAAACCGAGACUUGUGCAGCGUGACAUGGUAAAGCCUGGUGCGUGCAUUAUCGAUAUUGGUAUAACACGCAUACAGGAUCAAGAGACGGGUAAAACUAAACUUGUCGGUGAUGUCGAUUUUGAAGAAGUGCGUAAAGUGGCAGGCCACAUAACACCAGUACCUGGCGGUGUUGGACCCAUGACAGUAGCCAUGUUAAUGAGCAACACCUUCACGGUUGCCAAGAAACUUGCUAAAACAAGGCAUACCAAUGCUUUCAACGGCAAUUAAGAAGCUGGGAAUUAAAAAUCUACAGAUGUAUUUUAAAUUAUAAUUUUAUUACCAUAGUAUUUUUUCGUAUAAAUUGUACAUGUCUCCAUAAUGUAUUGUACUAGUAUAACCAAUGUAGAAGAAAUUUCUACAUACAAAAAUAUGUACAACAACAACAUUUUCUAAACGAAUACUACUUCUAUGUAAGCUAAAAAUGUUUGCCAACAAGACUAUCCCCAUGACAUUUUAUGAAAUUAAAGUAACAAAAAGUUACCCGAAAACGUAAA